CUUAUUUAUAAUUAACUAAAAAAAUGGAAGCCCAGUUUAAUUCCUGUCAAGAAUAUUUAGAACAAUAUAAGAAUGAUUUAAAUAGCAAUAGUUUGGAAAUAGAUUUUAUCAGUAAUUUGAAAAUUUUAGAAUUUAGAAAAGGUUUUAUCAAAUUUUCGUUUCAAGUAAAAAAAGAGACACCAUGUAAAAUAAUUUUUUCAAGAGUUUCCAAUUAUUUCGGGAUAAUAAAUUACAUUGAUGUAUUUGGCAAUAGAAAUAUUAACAAAGUAAACUAUAGUAUCAAUAGUUAUUUGGAGGGCAAAACAUUCAAGGUUGGGGAACUAUUAAUAGUAAACUGCGAAAUUGAAAAGGUCACAAAUUCUUUAAUAUUCCAAAGAGUAAUAUUUGAAAAAUCACUAAACACAAAAAACAUCAGUAAUGAAAUCAAUGAAACUAUUGCAAAUACUCAAAUUAUCUUUAAAAAAGCCCAAGUUUCAAACAAUGGCCCAGGGGGUAUGAGAGAAAAGAAACUAAUGGAGAAGAGUGAAAUAUUUAACAAAUACAUUAUUAAACCAAGUAAACUAUAACAAAUCAAUCAGAAUAAAAAUUAUUAUUAUUAUUUUAUUUUUUUAUUUCAAUUAUUUCUCAAUUUAUCUAUAAAUUAACAUUUUAUAGUAAUUUUAAACACAAAUAAAUAAAAAAAUAAAAAUUAAAUAAAAUUUAAAAAAUUAAAAAAAAUUAAAAAUUAAAAAAA